AAUAAAAAUGUUGAUGACAUUGUUGGUUUGCGUGAAGCAAUCUGAAUCAACGUUAGCGGUCCGCAAGUUCGUGUAUCAGAAGGACAUAUCGGAACAUUGUCGCCGUCGUGUCGUGCCGUCCGUGUUCCUCGGUAGACAUGUCGUUGGUGCCUACUCGCAAAUUCUUCACUUUUCUAAGUUGGAACUACCUUAUAGCUGUUCUAUAAGCGUCAGAACAGAAUCUGGCAGCAGCAUUAUAUUGGUGAUUCAGCUUUUAUCCGACGAUAGCCUAACAAGUUCGUGUACUGAGAAUUCUAAUCAACUUCUGGUAUAUGAAAUGGGUGAGACUUUCGGCGGUUAUUGGGGUCCCCUGCCUGACACAUACAUGAGUCCAAAACCUACUGGGAUUCAGUUAUAUACUUUAAAAACUACUCAAUCCACUGUCACAAAGACGAGUACACAGGAAAAAACAACUUCAGAGAAACCUUGUGAAAUAUUAACUGAAAAACUGAAAGUUAAAGAGAAUGACGAGAUCUCGGAGUAUAUUACAGUAGAGAUUCCAUUGGUGAACGUUUCUGGAGAAUUAGUGCCUGGUGAUCCACCAUUGCUGAAGAGUGUUGAUGAGGUUGAAAAUUUUGACCUCAUCUUUGAUGUAACGCCUCGGUCCGGCGUCCGAUAUGAAUCAAGCAUAUUACCUUUGGUACAAUUUGCAAUAAAAAAGGACAAAAAUGGUCGCCGAAUAGAAGUCGAUAAUUUAAUUCCACGUUACGAACUGGAAUACAACGUUUUUACACCUGAUUAUAGAUUAACAUAUCCAUAUCAUAUAAGAAGAUAUGCUACAAAAUAUAAAUACAAUGCAAAUAAACGGCUAAAAUUUAACAGAAAUAAAACACAUUUCACAAAGGCAAGGAAAAAUUUACUAAAAAAAAAAAUGAGCACUUCAAUAAUGGAUAUCACAAGACAAUUAAAUACAUACGUUCCUAUUAUAAAAUAUCAAACAAAUAUUGUAACUCAUUCUACAGGAGAUUUAAAUAAGAAUAUUAAUAAAGGGAAGUCGCGCAACCAAAGUUUCGAAAAUGAUAUCAAAUUAUGGAAGAACAUAGAAAAUCAGUACUUUAGAGAAACUAUCAGAGACAAACUACCACUUUAUAAUGUGAAAAUUAAAAACUUUACUAGUUUCAUAUCUAGUGGGCAAUACAAAUACAGUGCAUACCGAUAUCCAAAAAUAGACCACAGUAAAAAAUAUCUUUUGUUCAAUAAAAAAAUUGGUGUAAAUACUGAUAUAGAUGAAACAACAUCUACCGUUUUCAACAAUGAAAGUCAUACAACAAUCAUGAAUAGCAGAACGCCUCAAGCUAUCGAUUUGAAUAUAAUAUCAAGCACAGGUCCAUUCUCCAUUUCAAACAUACAAAUUAUAAACUUCACAAUGUUAAAUAGUUCAAAAACUGAGGGAUUAACAUCUUCGAAUUUGCUUACAAAUAGUACGGAGUUUCAUUAUACUGAUUCUUCUACUGCUACAGGUAAAAGUAGAUCAAUGCAGACAAAUCUUGUCAGUAGGAGUGAAACAAUUUUAAACACAACAAAACAGACUGAAUAUGUUAAUACUGUUUCUCAGCGGACUGAAAAUUCUAGUCUAUUAACUGGAUCUAUGGUGGAUCAUGUGUCGUGGGAGAACGUAGUGCAAGCAGCUCCUGUCAUGGCUGUCCGCCUUAAUAAAACUGUAUUAGAUAAGGGUAGUAAACUAGGAAUUAAUAGUACAGAACCCAGUGUAGUAUCUACUAGCGAAGUUAAAGUACGCAAUAUUAGACACAUUCAAGCUAUUGAUAUAGAACAGGCCCGGCCCCAUAAUCGGUCGACUAGAACUCAUACGAUUUCCACACCGUCCACUCAGUACGAAUUCUCCGAUGUUCAGAAAUUCGCACAGCUGGUUGAGUUACAAGAUGACCAUAUCCAAGAUCGCGUAGCACUUCGCUACAUGCGGCACUACGUGGGGCGGUCGCUGUUCAAUAUAUGCGAUUACCACGAGCCAAAGGCGCGACAUGUAUACCUGUUCAACUCCUCCAGAAUUGUGAUAGCUAUUAGGAACUUCACAAUGCAACGCAUGACAGUGGUGAUAACACCAGCGCGUAUCAUGCUAAAUGGAGACAUUAGGUGUACGGAGGAUCAUCUUGAAUGCCAAGUAUCUGGAACUAGGGUAUGCAUUGAUUCAAUGACUGCUUGUGAUGGUGUGCCCAAUUGCGGUGCUUAUGAUAUUUAUGACGAAGACCGGCUCAUGUGUGGUGCUGCAGUGGGUCUACAACACAAUGUGUGCCUUGCGGCCGUCACCUUUCUGGCCGUGUUGAUUACCAUGCUUUAUGUUGUACACUAUUGGCUCAAACGUUGUGUACCGAAAGUGUCGGAUGCAUUUUUCAUUUACACUGAUGGAGAUGACAAUGAAUUAUACUUAAAAAGUAUAAUGAGAUCACCAAACGAUACUGAUGAUAUAACUAAAAUGGUGUACGAGCAUGUAUUUCAAGACGGUGUCAUUUAUAAAGAUAACAUAAAUAAAUGGCGACAAUUGUUUUCAUGUAGAUGGUUGCAAAAAUGUCUGAUAUCUGAUUGCAUUAGAAAAAAGAACCUAAAAGUGUAUGACGACCUGACAAGCGAUCAAAAUGUGCAUUCAGAGAGCAAAGCGAACUCAUUUACUGAACUAGAGCUAUUUAAAAUGACACAUGGUCAAACCGUAAAUGUUUCUGUACAGACUGGCGAUAGUUUAGAAAUUGGACACGUGAAAAUAUCGAAAAUGAAAGAAGAAAGAGCUAUAAACAGAGAUAUGAAAUUGAUAUUAGAAUCAAACAAAAAUAAAUACCCAACAACAAAAUCGAAAACGAAGGCAGCUACUAUAGGACACAAUCGAAAUGAUUCGGACGAAUUGUAUAUGUUAAAACUUUUUAAAGAAGUCCGGUCAGACUCUGCACCAUCCAAUUCAAGUCAUAUGGAGACAAGUUUAGAGCCAGAAGAUAGACGGAAAAUAGCAGUUACGGAAGAACAUGAGAUUAUAAGUCAUUUGUAUGAUACUCAUAAAGAUAAAAUACGUUCCCGUGGCUUGAUACAUGAAAAUGUUUCAUCUGAAGUAGAUAUAGAUACAAUUGAAUUUGGAAAACAAGCCAUGAAACGUUUAAGAUUUGAUGAAGAAACUAUAACAAUUCCUUCAGUAGAUUAUGAACAAGAAACUAACGAAAAUUUGUCUGGACAAUACAGUACGGUAGAUAAUUCAAGAAAAUUAGGUCAAGGUAUGGAUAUUAUGGCAUCUGAGCAACCUAGCACCAGUCGAGAUUUCAGACACUUUUGGAGUAACAAAGGAAAGAAGUCGAAAAGAAAGUCGCAUAUGUCAUUACGUUGAAAUUACCAAGUUGAUUAUUUAGUGUAAACAUUUAAAAUUAGGGACAAGUACAGCAUAUGACUGAAGAUGGCUAUGGACGCACGUCCCGCGCCGCUAUUUCCUAAUUAAACCCAAUUGUGCACCGGAUAGAACACGUGCCAAAAUGUGUUGUCUUUUUAACUACAUUUGUCAUGAGUCGCCGUAUAGGUAUACCUACCUAAUCUGAAUCCUUACCAUAAAUUGCAUUUAUUGCUUUAAUAAUUUGCAAACAUUAGACUGUUCUUAGCGAUUAAUAAUUUUAUACGUAUAGAUACGUGUACCUACAUCAAAUAUAUACCUAUAUUUGAUGUACACGAUAUAAUAUCGGUAUAUAGCUCAAUGUUGUAUGAAGGAUUUAAUUAUAUCCAAUAUAUUAUUAAAUGGUUUUUAAUUUUACAAGGACCAGAAUUUUGCUAAAUUUUCUUUUUA